GCGGUUCUAAGGCUAGCGCGCGUGGGCCACGUCUUUACUGUUUGCUGAGCACAGGAGCCGUCCGGCACCUCUACAUCUCCUCACCAUGACCGAGGAAGACUCCUCCUCCUCCUCCAUACCGAAGUUCCUGGAGAACAUUUCUGGGGAGGGCAAAUCCAUCGGUGUCCUGACCAGCGGCGGGGAUGCCCAAGGUAUGAACGCUGCUGUUCGUGCUGUGGUGCGCAUGGGAAUAUAUGUGAGGGCCAAAGUGUACUUCAUCAAAGAGGGUUACCAAGGCAUGGUGGAUGGAGGCGCCAAUAUCAUAGAAGCCAAAUGGGAAAGUGUCUCCAACAUUCUACAAGUGGGGGGUACCAUCAUUGGCAGUGCCCGUUGCCAGGCCUUUCGAUCUCGCGAAGGGCGCCUGAAAGCUGCCCGGAACUUGGUGCGCUUGUGUAUCACCAACCUGUGCGUGAUUGGUGGGGACGGAAGUCUCACGGGAGCCAACCUUUUCCGGGAGGAGUGGAGCGGACUUCUGGAGGAGCUGGCUCAGAAUGGUGAGAUUGAUAAGGACGCCGUGCAGAAGCACUCCUACCUCAACGUGGUGGGCAUGGUGGGCUCCAUCGACAACGACUUCUGCGGCACAGACAUGACCAUUGGUACAGAUUCAGCCCUGCACCGGAUUAUUGAAGUCGUUGACGCCAUCAUGACCACCGCCCAGAGCCACCAGAGGACCUUCGUCCUGGAGGUGAUGGGGAGACAUUGUGGGUACUUGGCCUUGGUGACCGCCUUGGCUUGUGGUGCUGACUGGUUGUUCCUUCCAGAGUCUCCACCAGAGGAUGGCUGGGAGGAAAACAUGUGCCUCAAACUCACAGAGAACCGUGUCCGAAAAAAGAGGCUGAAUGUUAUCAUUGUGUCUGAAGGAGCAAUUGAUACCCAAAAUAGGCCAAUCACCUCUCACAAAAUCAAGGAGCUUGUGGUAAAGAAUCUGGGCUUUGAUACCCGGGUGACCAUUCUUGGACACGUGCAACGAGGAGGGACCCCUUCUGCGUUUGACAGGAUUUUGGCCAGCCGCAUGGGGGUGGAGGCUACCCUGGCCUUGCUGGAAGCUACUCCUGAGACUCCAGCCUCCGUUGUGUCACUGAGAGGAAACCAGGCCGUGCGGCUGCCUUUGGUGGAGUGUGUGCAAACGACCCAGGAUGUACAGAAGGCAAUGGAUGAGAGGAGAUUUAAUGAUGCCGUAAAACUCCGAGGGAGGAAUUUUGAGGGAAACCUGAAGAUUUACAAGCGUCUUGCCAUAAAGUUGCCCGAUAACCAGAUCUCCAAGAGCAAUUGCAAUGUGGCUAUCAUCAAUGUAGGGGCACCUGCUGCCGGAAUGAAUGCAGCUGUGCGUUCUGCUGUUCGAGUUGGCAUUGCAGACGGUCACAAGAUGUUUGCAGUCUUCGAUGGUUUUGAUGGCUUCGCCAAAGGCCAAAUCAAAGAAAUGGACUGGAUAGAUGUCGGAGGUUGGACUGGACAAGGAGGUUCCAUUCUUGGGACGAAACGCACUCUACCUGGGAAGUACUUGGAGAAGAUUGCUGAACAGAUGCAUUCCUAUAAUAUCAACGCCCUCCUUAUCAUUGGUGGAUUUGAGGCCUACCUGGGACUCCUAGAGCUGGCAGCUGCCCGGCAGAAACACGAGGCUUUCUGUGUCCCUAUGGUUAUGGUUCCUGCUACUGUCUCCAACAAUGUGCCGGGUUCCGAUUUCAGCAUCGGGGCGGACACGGCUCUGAACACUAUCACAGAUGCUUUUAAUAGCGCCGUGAUUCUGGGUGAUGCACGAAACAGCCACGAGGAGUUUUGCAUCCCAAUAUGCGUUUUGCCUACCACUAUUAGCAACAGUGUCCCUGGCACAGAAGUAAGUGUCGGUUCUGAUACUGGCCUGAAUGUCGUUGUUGAGACGUGUGACCGAAUUAAACAGUCAGCCAGUGGAACCAAGCGCCGGGUGUUCAUCAUUGAGACCAUGGGCGGAUACUGUGGUUACCUGGCCAGCAUGGGGGGACUUGCAGCAGGAGCUGAUGCUGCCUACAUCUUUGAGGAGCCAUUUGAUAUCAGAGACCUGCAGUCCAAUGUGGAACACUUGAGAAACAAAAUGAAGACGAGCAUCCAGAGGGGCCUUGUUCUCAGGAAUGAAAGCUGCAAUGUCAAUUUCACCACUGACUUCAUUUACCAGCUCUACUCAGAGGAGGGCAAAGGAGUGUUUGACUGCAGGAAAAACGUGCUGGGCCACAUGCAGCAGGGUGGAGCGCCUUCUCCAUUCGACAGAAACUUUGGAACCAAAAUUUCUGCAAGAGCUAUGGAAUGGAUCACGGAUAAACUGAAAGAGUCCCAGGGCACAGGAAAAAAAUUUGUUAAUGAUGAUUCCAUUUGUGUCCUGGGAAUUAACAAAAGAGAACUCAUGUUUCAACCAGUGGCAGAACUGAAGAAAGUAACUGAUUUUGAGCACCGGAUCCCCCAGGAGCAGUGGUGGUUGAAACUGCGGCCUCUCAUGAAGAUCUUGGCCAAGUACAAGACAAGCUAUGACGUGUCCGAUGCAGGCAAGCUGGAGCCUUUGCAGAGCCAACAGGGUCCCUUCCAUGGAGAACCAGCGAACAUCUGAUCCAGCAUGCCAUCACCUGACCUACACACUUGUCUAGGGAAGCGUAUAAGGUUCCCCAGGGACCAUUUUGUAACAUAGUUAUUUAUCAGCACUUUAUGCAAGUAUUGUUGACCAAGUAUUGUCAGCAGUGAUAACCAGAGAGCACCACUUGCCAUAAGCACUGACCCAUCGAACCCCGAGGCAUGACACCCAGCCUCACACGCUUGAUCCAGUCAGUUUUCUACUGUACGGGUUACUGUCUUUGCUCUACCAUGUGUGUAUGUUGUGGAAUUAAACAUUUGGUUACAA